GCCAUUGGGAUGGCCUGAUCGGGGAUCUGCAGGAGGGAGAAAAAAAAAUUUACCUGGUCGACCAGACAGACUCUCUUUAAUCAUUGUGCAACCACGACCACAGCACCCACGGGUACCAGCUGGUCUGGCCUUGUCUGAUCCAUACGCAUCGCUGCUGGAAUGGCGGGGACAGCUACAGCUACCGCGGCCUAUACUACAGAUGUUUGGACGUCACCCAGUGUAGAUGAGAGUCAGUGGGAGUAUGCUGUCCCGCUGCGACAGGAUGUAAGUGACCUUGCCUGCGUUUUCCCUCGUGCGGUGCUCCAGACCGUUGCAUGCUGACUGGGCUGCGGCAGAGUACCAACCGUCGCUCCAAAUCACGGUCGUCCCACAAUUCCCAUGGCCGGUCUAAGGAUCGGACAUUAGACCGUAACGGAUCUCGAAGCUCCUCCCUGUCGAGACAUGCCUACGCCCUGGAACAUCUAAGCCCCCGAGGUCGUCGCGAGAUCGCCCACAGUCGACAUGCUAGUGAGGCAGAAAGCUCACGGUCCGUCUACGGCCACGACGUACCGAGAAGCAGCGCCGGAAACGUGAUGGACUCUUCGGAAGCUCCGUAUCGGAAUGGAUCGGUCAAGCAGGGCGAGUGGAACGAGGGCAUUGGCCUGUAUAUGAACGGGAUGGACCGCGACAACUGGAUUCAUCGGGACAAGCUGGCCAAGAUCGAGAGCGAGGAGCUGCAACAGGCUGCCAUCAUGUUUCAGCGUCGGGGAGAAAACGGCAAGACGGGUCGCGCCAAAAACCAUGACUCGCAAGGUGCCAGUUCCAUCUCUCAGCCGACCGAGCAACAACUGGAGCCAUGGCCCACUCUGCAGGAUGAAUCGCAACGGCGAGAAUACGCGGGCUCCCCGACUUUCUCGGAUGGCGAAUACAGUCCGUUGGAGAAUGGUCGCGAGCAUUGGGAUCUCCGCAGACCGGAAGAGAUUGCGGCGGACGAGGAAAAAGCAGCGGGCUUCUACCAAAACCCUGGCAUGCGGAAGAGCUCGUCUCGGAUCCCAAUCCCCACGGCCAGUCCAGCGCCGCUUUCUCCUGGGCAUAUCGGACGAGAGUUCCCGAUGCAGCGCUCGCGGGCACUGACGAACGGCGAAGGCGACACUCUGUCGAUUGGUAUGCCUCGGAGGGCCAGUGAGCCGAUGUCGGUGGACUCUGCGAACAAUAUACCUCCCGGGACCAGGCCCGUCAGUCGUGGGAACACACUGCAGAACACCGCGGCCAAAAAGACGACAGCCAAGGGCGGCCCUACCAAUCGCAAGACCUCGGCCCCUGCUGCGACAAGGAAGACCACCCCGCGAGUCCGGGGGCCGUCAAGCACCCAGCGGCCCGGCAAAGGAACCGACACUCGUCCGAUCAAUCGGCCCGAAGGCGAUCCCCCGUGGCUGGCGACGAUGUACAAGCCCGAUCCGCGUCUCCCACCCGACCAGCAGAUUCUACCCACGCACGCGCGAAAGAUGCAGCAGGAGCAGUGGGUCAAGGAGGGUAAGACGCCUACGACGUAUGAUCGCGAGUUUGCUCCGCUGGCCAUCGGACCCGAGGGGCCCGCGCGGGCAGCGAAGCCGGUGCCGAAGGAAGAGCCCGAGCAGGAGAAGGGAGUGAAAGAAGAGAAGGAGGUGCCGCAGCCGGUGCCACAGCCGCAGCCAUCACCGCGGCCAAAGGAACCGAGCCAGCCGCCCCCGUCGAAGGAAGCGGAAGUGCCGCGGCCGACCACUGGCAUGGGCUAUAGCACGAUGCCCCGGGUACAGGAGCCAUCGCAUGCGGCCCUGCAGCCCAAAUGGAGCCCGCCGGUGGUGACGGCGCAGGAGCCGCCAGCGAAGGAGAAGGGCUGCGGGUGUUGCAUCGUGAUGUGAGAUGGCAGUCUGAGUCCGAGUCCGAGUCCGAGUAUUUAUUGAGUCUUGGCAUUUCCGUCAUUUAAGAUACCUAUUUACCGCAUUGAGCUUUUCGUUGUUGCUUUUCAGCGUGCGGGUGGGUGGUGUUUGAUCUGUCUAGGAUUUAAAUAACCA